ACAGGCAAAGAUCCCAAUUAACCAGCGUAAAAAGCACUAGAGCCCACAUUUCUGUUUAUAGAGACAAGCAAUCCUUCACCAAAUUUUACUUCUCUCUCUCUUUUUUCUUUGAAAUUCUCUCAGAUCUGAACUCCAAACCAAAUAAUCAAAAUGGCAACUCCUGAUCAUCUUUUUAGCCUUCGUAACAACUUCUAUUUGGGUGCUUAUCAAGCUGCCAUUAACAACAGUGAUAUCCCUAAUCUCUCUCAAGAAGAUUCAAUUGAAAGAGAUUCUCUUGUUUACAGAUCUUACAUUGCUCUUGGUAGUUAUCAGCUUGUGAUCAGUGAGAUUGAUUCUUCUGCACCUACGCCCCUCCAGGCAGUUAAAUUGCUUGCGUCAUAUCUUUCUGGUCCUGAGCAAAAGGAAAACACGAUCUCAAGUUUGAAAGAGUGGUUGGGUGAUUCGACAAUUGGAAACAAUCCUGUAUUGAGGCUGAUUGCUGGAAUCAUAUUCAUGCAUGAACAAGACUACAAUGAGGCUCUUAAACAUACCAACACUGGAGGAACUAUGGAGCUGCAUGCGCUGAAUGUUCAGAUAUUCCUUAAGAUGUAUAGGUCGGAUUUCGCAGAGAAACAGCUAAAAAUCAUGCAACAGAUUGAUGAGGAUCACACUCUGACCCAGCUUGCUAAUGCAUGGUUGAACCUUGCAGUGGGUGGAUCAAAGAUACAGGAAGCAUAUCUUAUUUUCCAAGAUUUCUCUGAGAAGUAUCCCAUGACAGGACUGAUCCUCAACGGGAAGGCCGUGUGUUGCAUGCAUAUGGGUCACUUUGACGAAGCAGAGUCAUUGCUGCUGGAAGCACUGAACAAGGAUGCAAAGGACGCUGAAACUCUGGCCAACCUCAUUGUCUGCAGUCUUCACCUAGGGAAACAAUCAUCUCGUUACCUAAGCCAACUGAAGCUGUCUCAUCCUGAUCACAUGCUUGUUAAACGCACGUCUGCUGAUGAAGAGAGCUUCGAUAGGGCCCUUCAAACUGUCGCUUAAAUGCCUCGUGCACGCCAUUUUUUAUAGUUUGUUAAGAAGGUGCAUGCUUCUAUCUUUUAUUCGAAAAUCCAGGUUCUUGUGUUUUUCUCGUAACUUUUUCACGAGAUAUCUCUUAAAGAAAGACUAGAUUGUACUUUUCAUAUUUUGUAGUAAGAUUGGUCUCUUUUUCUGCUUUGGGUUUCCAGCCCUGUGAUAUGAUGAUGAUUCGAAGAUUCAAUCUAAUAGGAUAUAUAUGAGUUUAGUGAGAAUUGUUUUUUUUAUCAGAA